UGUAUCCAAUUAACCAGUGGCAAAAGGUCCCACUUUUUAAGUGUGUAAUUUGUAUUUGUUUUGCUAUAAAAAGGCCUGGCCUUUCAUUUCCUCUGUGCCAUUCACACAAAAUAUUUUUACUGAGUCCACCACAAAACACACAAAUACCACACCCGUAUUACACUUGGAUUCUCUCCUCUCUUUUCUCCUUUUCUGUUUUCUCUCUAUCAUCAAAGAAAGGAGAUAAAAAGAGAUUUGUUCUUGAUAGGAUUGAAAGGUUUUUUUUGCAUAUCAUCAAUGGAGAAGAGGCUUUUGGAUUACGUUUUAGUUCCUUCAGGGCUCUCUGUCAUGGUUGCAUACCAUGUUUGGCUUCUGUAUCGAAUUGUCAAGCAACCCACCAAGACUGUUGUUGGUGUCAAUGCCAUCAAUCGCCGCUUCUGGGUUAGUGGUAUGAUGGAGGAUCCACUAAAGACUGGUGUUCUUGCAGUCCAAACGCUUAGAAACAACAUAAUGGCAUCGACCCUAUUGGCAUCAACAGCAAUCAUGCUUAGUUCCCUCAUUGCCGUGUUGAUGACAAGUGGAAGCAAAGACAGAUCGACUUUCUUUGUAUUUGGUGACAGAAGCGAUUUUAGCUUCUCUAUCAAAUUCUUCUGCAUAUUGGUUUGUUUCUUGGUGGCAUUCCUUUUGAACGUGCAGUCUAUUAGGUACUAUAGCCAUGCAAGCAUCCUCAUCAAUGUUCCUUUCAAGAAGAUGCUUCAGGAUCAACAUCAUCACCAUCUCACUGUUGAAUAUGUUGCAAGGAAUGUGAAUAGGGGUAGCUACUUCUGGUCUCUUGGAUUGCGUGCCUUCUACUUCUCUUUCCCUUUGUUUCUUUGGAUCUUUGGGCUUAUUCCCAUGUUCUUUUCUUGCUUUGUUUUGGUUUUCAUGCUUUAUUUCCUUGAUGCCACCUUUGAAUUUGGGUGGGGUAUUGGGGUUUCAGAUGAGGAUCAAUACAAAGAUGAGGAACUCGGGAAGUGAAAACCAGUAGUAUCUGUAACCAAUCUAGCUAAUAGAAUAUGGUUUUAGUAUUUUAGGCUUAUACCAAAGUGUAGCAAAUCAUAAAAUGGAUCACAAAAGACGAAGCAGUUCACAUUCAAUCCAAGUUGAAAUGAAUUGCUUGUUAGGUGAAAUUAUGUUGCAGUACCAAACAUAUUGAAUUAAAUGUAGUGAUCAUCUUAGCAUGUGUUGUGAAUUGUUUAACGCGUGUUUGAUGAAAAAAGUCGUGCUCUAUCGGCUUUUGUCAAUCAGAUACGUACAUUCUUGCACUAAAAAAGGACAUGCGUUGUAUAUGAGAAAAGACAAGAAAUGCAGAUUCCUUGUUCAUUCGUUUUUUG